AUGCGGGCUGGCGACAUCAUCGAUUCGGCGUGCAGACGCGCAACUACUAUAUAUUGCAUUUUCCGCCCCUCUGCUAUCUUCCACCCUCCUGCACGACAUCCCUAUCCAAUACCCAAUGCGACAAAGAUAGCUCCCCAUGCGACUCCCGUGAUAAGCCGCGAGACGCCAGACCUACCGCACAGGGCUGCGCGUCACGUCCGAAUGGCGGGGCAACCCACCCUCAAGUUACGUAGAAUGGCCGUCCGGAACAUGGGUGCAAGUAUGCUCGAGCCAUUCAAGCAAGGCUGCCCUAGUGAAGCCGUCGACCGCUCCAACAAAAGCCCGCCCAGCCGUGACAGCAGCAAACGUGCUCUAAUAGUCCUUAUCGUCGACUAUCAAUGCCCUGGGCCGAUUCUCGGACCCGUGACUAUCUGA